AGUAUAUAUUAACGCUUGUUAAAUACUUUUAUUGAUGAACAAAACUUUUUUACGCGAAGGUAACACGAGGUUCGUUAUAGCCGGAGAUAACCGGCAAAUUUUAGAUAACUCGCGCGCCUCGAGCCAUGAUUUUUACGAGGAAAGCUUUAAAAUUAUUAAACUAUCGCUUAAAAUACAAUGCUGCAGCGCGUUUAAUUAACCGGCGUUGCCUACAAAGCAACGUCAACAGCGAUGUGCCCUCCGUGGAGGUCAGCUUCAGCAAUGGGCGUAAAAUGUCCAUCAGCUCGGGCAAGCUGGCGCGCUUUGCUAAUGGCACCGCAGUUUGUCAAAUGGGUGAUACCGCGGUUAUGGUCACAGCGGUAGCUAAAGCGAAACCAACGCCUGGACAGAGCUUCAUGCCCCUGGUGGUUGACUAUCGACUAAAAAACGCGGCGUCUGGGCGCAUUCCGAUGAACUUUAUGCGCCGAGAAUUGGGACCAUCGGAGAAGGAGAUACUGUCGGCGCGUCUGAUAGACCGUUCGUUGCGUCCACUCUUUGCCAAGGAUUAUCGCAAUGAGACGCAAUUAGUGUGCAACAUGCUUGCAAUGGAUGCUGUACACUCACCCGACGUGCUGGCCAUCAAUGCGGCAUCCAUGGCGCUCUCUUUGAGCGACAUACCCUGGAAUGGUCCUAUAGGCGCUGUACGUGUUGGCCUGGCCGAUGGCGAGGUGCUGAUUAAUCCGACAAGACGUGAACUACAAUCGUCUCAACUAGAUUUGGUUGUAUCGGCCACCAAACAGAAUCUGGUAGUCAUGCUAGAGGGCAAAGGCAAUGUGGUCUUGAUGCAGGAUCUGCUGAAAGCCAUCAAGCAGGGUACGCGUGAAGCCCAGUUUAUCAUACACGAAAUUGAACGACUCCAAAAGGCCUAUGGACGUCAAAAACGUGAUGUAGAUGAACUGCCAGAGCCGGAGCCAGAGCUGGUGCAAGCUGUGAAGAGCAUGUGCGAGAUGCGAUUGCGAGAAAUCUUCCAGGAUGCGCAUCAUGAUAAAAUCUCGCGUGACACCGCCGUCAACGAGGUCCGUGCGAAUGUCAUUGACAAGGUGUGGUCCUCCUAUCCAGACACAGAUCCCGCCGCCAUCGGUGAGGAGUUUAAUAGGACCUGCCGAUCGAUUUUUCGUGAAUUAAUCUUCGAGAGCAAUAGACGCUGCGACGGUCGUGACUACGACAGUCUGCGCAACAUAAACUGCCAGGUGGACAUGUACAAACCGUUGCAUGGCUCCGCCCUAUUUCAACGUGGCCAGACGCAGGUAUUCUGCACUGUUAGCCUCGACUCGCCGGAGAGUGCCAUGAAGCUGGACACAUUGGCAGCACUGGACAGCGGCGGUCUGAAGGCUAAAAACUUUAUGCUCCACUACGAGUUCCCUCCAUAUGCCACUGGCGAGGUGGGUCGUAUUGGUCCACUGGGACGACGUGAGCUGGGUCAUGGUGCUCUGGCUGAACGUUCCUUACUGCCCACGCUCCCACACGACUAUCCCUUCACAGUACGCCUAACAUCGGAGGUUCUGGAGUCGAAUGGCUCUAGCAGCAUGGCCAGCGUGUGUGGCGGCUCGCUAGCUCUUAUGGAUGCAGGUGUACCGAUCACUGCGCCUGCCGCCGGCGUGGCCAUUGGAUUGGUUACCAAGUAUGAGAACAAUGACACGAAGCAUCUGCAGGACUAUCGCAUUUUGACCGACAUACUGGGCAUUGAGGAUUACAUGGGCGACAUGGACAUGAAAGUGGCGGGCACACGCAAAGGGUUCACUGCUAUUCAAGCGGAUCUAAAGAUACCUGGCAUACCGCUUAAAGUGGUAAUGGAAUCGCUGCAAAAAGCCACAGAUGCCAAAUCCAAAAUACUAGAUAUCAUGGGCGACACAAUCAGGGAGCCACGCAAAUACCGCAAGGAUUGCUGGCCAGUUAGUGAAAGUCUCGUUGUCGAGCCACAUCAACGCUCUCAGCUGAUUGGACCCAGUGGGCUGCACAUGAAGCGCAUCUACUUGGAAACGGGCACCACCUUGACCGCUGCAGACGACAGCAAUUUUACGGUUUUUGCACCAUCCCAAUCGGCGCUAGAUGAAGCAAAGGAGAUGAUCGAUGGUUACAUGCACAAGGAACGCGUGCCGGACUUGGAGUUCGGUGGAAUCUACACUGCCAAAAUCACCGAGCUGCGCGAUACAGGGGUCAUGGUUAUAUUGUAUCCCAGCAUGCCACCAGCAUUGCUGCACAACUCGCAGCUGGAUCAACGAAAGAUUGCGCAUCCGUCAGCAUUAGGUUUGGAGGUAGACCAGGAAAUACAAGUCAAGUACUUUGGUCGCGACCCCGUCUCCGGAUUUAUGCGGCUCUCGCGCAAAGUACUGCAGGGCCCAGCCGUAGGCAUUGCACGCAGUCUAAACAAGGCAACCGGAGAGAACAACUCGUGAGGUUGCAUGAAAUUGGCACUUGGGAUUCUUCGAAGUGUUGUACAGUUUAGGAUGUUGUUAACCUGUUGUUAGACAUGCGAUUAUAUUUUAAGUUACAAAUUUCGUGUAUGUACAUUAAACAAAUCAACUUAAAUACGAGCUAAGUGUAAUAGUUUAUUAGCAUACAUUUGAAUGUAAAGUUUAAGAAAUUUGGUACGUUGCAAAUGGAUGAUUGCAUCCAUAGGGGAACUUAAGAUUAAACAAUUUUAAAUUUGUAUUGGCAUUUGGA